GGGUCGGCGACGUCACGAAACGGGGCGGAGCUUCACUCUGGUAAACAAGUCGAGACGAAAACAAGCCUCGAGUUCUUCUGCUUCAUUCACAGCUUCCCUGCCUUUAUUUCUGUGAGGUUAUUAUUUAUUUCAGCUCGGACUCCACUGAGAUUCCCAGAUCCAAGAAGAAAAAAUGAUCAGUAAAGUUCUGAUGCAGCUCCUGCCUGGUGGUGGAGGAGAGGAAGCAGAUGGUGUGGUGGUGGAGAACGAGAGCUGUGUGGAGCUGCUGGAGUGUGAAGAUGGAGACUGGAUCAUCAUCAACAUGCCAGAUCACUCAUCUCUAGGACUUCUUGUAGAAGAUCCUCUUGAGAAUCUGCUGAUUGAGCAUCCCAGCAUGUCAGUGUACCAGAUGCGCUGUCAAAGAACAAACGAGGAAGACUUUUCUGAUGAAGAAGAUGAUUCUCAGAGGUGUGUACAGGUAAGGCGUGAUGUGUCGAGUCUCCUGGCGUUGUGGUGUGGUUCUGUGCUGUUCUCAGAUCAGAGAGCUCGUGUAAAUUCUGAGCGCAGGAAGCUGAGCCGCAGUUCUUUCAGCAGGCAGAACCUGCUCAGGACUCGCUUCUCCAACACCGAGCGCCGCUACGGACACUUCAAACAGCCCAGUCAGCGUCUAUACAACUACUGAAACACAGCCCGAGUGUGUGAGGAGACAGCCAGAGCUCAGAUGGAGGAAUUAGAGAUGAUCCUCGGUGCCCCAGAGACUCGCAUCGUUUAUAAUGAAUCUUUUUACUUCCUGUGUCUUAAAAUUGAUUUUACUGUAAACAUUUAUUACGUUUAUAAUUUAACCAAAACUAUAUUUGUGAAAAAUCUUUUUUAAAAAUUGCAAAAUAAACAUUUUAUAAGUGUUUUUA